GCUACCAGCCCAGCCUCUCGAGAUGGCCUUUGUCCCUGCACCUGGCUACCAGCCCACCUACAACCCGACUCUGCCCUACAACAAGCCCAUCCCUGGAGGUCUCAGUGUGGGAAUGUCCAUUUACAUCCAAGGAGUGGCUAGUGAGCACAUGAAAAGGUUCUCCGUGAACUUCGUGGUGGGACAGGGCCUGGGGUCAGACAUCGCCUUCCACUUCAAUCCCCGUUUUGACGGCUGGGACAAGGUAGUCUUCAACUCGCAGCAGGGUGGCCAGUGGGGCAACGAGGAGAAGAAGAGGAGCAUGCCCUUCCGCAAGGGCUCACCCUUCGAGCUGGUGUUCAUGGUCCUGCCGGAGCACUACAAGGUGGUGGUAAAUGGAGAUCCAUUCUAUGAGUUUGGGCACCGGAUCCCUGUACAGAUGGUCACUCACCUGCAAGUGGAUGGGGACCUGGAGCUUCAGUCAAUCAAUUUCAUUGGAGGCCGGCAGGCCCCAAGCCAGAACCCCAUGGUUAUCCCAGCGUACCCAGGUCCCGGACAGAGCUGCUGUCCCCCGCCAAGCAACCUGCCUACCAUGGAGGGACCCCCAACCUUCAACCCGCCUGUGCCAUUUACAGGAAGACUGCAAGGGGGGCUGACAGCCCGAAAAACCAUCAUAGUCAAGGGCUAUGUGCCCCCCACUGGCAAGAGGUUUGCCAUCAACUUCAAGGUGGGCUCUUCAGGGGAUGUGGCUCUCCACAUUAACCCCCGCAUCACCGAGGACACUGUGGUUCGGAACAGCUAUCUGAAUGGCUCGUGGGGAUCUGAGGAGAGGAAGCUCUCUUAUAACCCGUUUGGUUGUGGCCAGUUCUUUGAUCUGUCCAUUCGCUGUGGUAUUGACCGCUUCAAAGUUUACGCCAAUGGCCAGCACCUCUUCGACUUCUCCCAUCGCCUCUCAGCCUUCCAGAGGGUGGACACUGUGGAGAUCGAGGGUGAUGUCACCUUGUCUUACGUCCAGAUCUGAUCUAUUCCUGGGACCUUAACCCCUGGG